UGCACAUGCGCACAGCACGGUGUCAAGUGUCAGCAGCUGUCGGAGGUUUUUAGGUGGAAGUCUCUCUCUCUCUCUCUCUCCUCCUCUCCUCGCAUCGAGACAGCAGGGAACAACUCGCCAAGAAUAACCGGAGAGGUCGCCGGUGCCGACCGUACCGCACCGUACCGGACCACGGACGGAGCCCCCCCUCGCCCCGCCAGCUAACGGAGGCUCUCACGGCUAAGCUCUCAUAGCACCGGGACAGUGCCCGCUGACCCGCUUCCGUUGGAGCUCUGGGAGCCAGAAUGUUGAUAGCUGCAGUGGGGACUGGAAGCGAAAGCCCCGCCACCAGCGCCAAGAAGCACAGGCGGCGAGGCAAAAAGCACCGCAAAGUCCACACUGACAAGACCGGCGCGAACGACCUCAGUGACCUUCAGAACCUGAACCCUGAUGACAGAAGCGCGCCCCAGACGCAGGACCACCCCCCAGUCCCGCCCUUACCCCCACAAAAUGCUUGCAAGACAGCCCCGCCCCCAGGAAGUGCAUGUCACGAUGCCACCGUCGCAGUGGAUGCACGUGUCCCCCGCGGGGACCCCCAGGAAUCUUCUCCCCUGAUCAACACCCCCACUCCAGAUAUACAACAUAAGCCUCUAGCCACCCUCCAGUGUCCCGAGAAUGUCCCCCACAGUGCCAUGCUUCCCCCUCUUGUCAUCCCCCCGACAGUGCCACACACCAGCCAAUCACCUUCAGCCUCGUCUCAGAGCCACGCCCACAGCCCUGCUGUCUUAUCCGAGAGCCCCGCCCGUGCCAAAUAUCUUCCUAGCUCGUCUCGGGGCCCCACCCACACCGAGUCACCUCCGACAAAAACAGAGGGGGACCCUCUCAGCCCAUCACUUCCUGUUGCAUCUCAGAGCUCCGCCCACAGCCAGUCGCCUCCCGUUGUAACUCAAUGCCAUGCUCUUAGCCAAUCACCUCCCACGACAUCAGAGGGCUCCGCCCACAGUCAAUCUCUGAACCCCAACGAUGGGCAAGCGCCUAUUGCCAAAUCUCGGACAAAGUCGCCUCUCAUCACAGCGGAGGGGUACGCCCCCAGCCAAUCACCUCUGGUCUUAUCUCAGAGCCCCACCCACACCAAAUAUGCUCCUACCAAAACAGAAGGGUACGCCCAUAGCCGGUCACUCCCGACCACAUCGGAAAGCCCCGCCCACAACAAAUCACCUCCUGUCCUACUUUUUAACCAAUCGCAUCCUGUCAAAUCUCAGAGCCCCGCCCACAGCCCUACACACUCCGCGCUAAACAAUAAAACGUACGAUUUCAGCACAUUGACUCCUUUAACGUUUGAGAAUUCCAAUCACAAUCUUUCGAAAUCAACCACACCAAACAUCAGCGCCCACGCCCCCACUCAUUUAAGCCCAGCCCACCCCUCCGUGACCUCGUCCCCCCUGUGCUCCUCCUCUGCCUCCUUCCUCACGUCCUUUGACACCGAGGCGCCUCACGUUGUUCCAAAUUCCGUGAUGUCACUGACGCCUGCCUGCUGCACGGCCACGCCCCCACCGCCCCCCGUGACCCCGCCCCCUGCCCAGCUUCUGGGCUCUGACGAUGAGGAGCAGGAGGACCCGUCAGACUACUGCAAAGGCGGUUACUACCCGGUCAAGAUCGGGGACCUAUUCAACGGGCGGUACCACGUGGUCCGCAAGCUCGGCUGGGGACAUUUCUCCACCGUCUGGCUGUGCUGGGACCUACAGAAGAAGCGUUUUGUGGCUUUGAAGGUAGUGAAGAGCGCACCCCAUUACACGGAGACGGCGCUGGAUGAGAUCAAACUGCUCAGAUGUGUGAGGGACAGUGAUCCUUCUGAUCACAGAGAGACUAUUGUCCAACUGAUUGACGACUUCAAGAUCUCUGGAGUCAACGGAGUGCAUGUGUGCAUGGUUCUGGAGGUGUUGGGUCACCAGCUGUUAAAAUGGAUCAUAAAGUCAAACUACAUGGGCCUUCCUCUGGUUUGUGUCAAGAGCAUCAUCAGACAGGUACUGCAGGGUCUGGACUACCUGCACACAAAGUGUAAGAUUAUCCACACGGACAUCAAACCAGAGAACAUAUUGUUGGAUGUAGAUGAGGUCUACAUCAGGAGGCUGGCAGCAGAGGCCACUAUCUGGCAGAGGGCUGGAGCCCCGCCCCCCUCUGGUUCGUCAGUUAGCACGGCUCCCAGAGAUGUCCAGAUAGGUAAAAUGUCUAAGAACAGGAAGAAAAAGAUCAAGAGAAAAGCAAAGCGUCAAGAGAAGCUGUUAGAGGAGAGACUGGUGGACAUACAGAGGCUGGAGGAUGGAGACAGUGUUGACACACACACUAACUGCCCGUCAGUCGUCAAUGGCAACGCUUGCAGCAUCCCAGCCAAUAGCAAAGUGAGCCCGGAGUCAUCCAGCUCCUGGUUGGAGGACAAGUGCAAUGGCCACGCCCUCGGACGUUUCUCCAGCCCCGCCUCUGGUCUGUCUGGGUUCUCCAGCUCAGUGAUAUCGGCCACGUCAGAGUCCACUCUUUCCACACAGUCAGGAUACUCCAGCGGACAAGAUGUGUUCAGCGCCUCAGACUUUGUGCUCAGUCCUCUGGACCCUCACAAUGCUGACAAGCUGCGAGUGAAGAUUGCUGAUCUGGGCAAUGCGUGCUGGGUGCACAAACACUUCACAGAGGACAUUCAGACCAGACAGUAUCGGGCCCUGGAGGUCCUGAUUGGAGCAGAGUACGGGCCGCCGGCCGACAUCUGGAGCACCGCCUGCAUGGCGUUUGAGUUGGCCACUGGAGAUUAUUUAUUUGAACCUCAUUCAGGCGAAGACUACACCAGAGAUGAAGAUCACAUCGCUCACGUCAUCGAGCUGCUGGGCCCCAUCCCUCUGCCCUUCGCCUUGUCUGGCAGGUACUCCAGAGAAUACUUCAACAGGCAAGGUGAACUGCGCCACAUCUCCAGCUUGAAGCCGUGGGCUCUGUUCGAGGUCCUCCUGGAGAAGUACGAGUGGCCGCUGGACCGCGCCGCUCAGUUCAGCGACUUCCUCUCAACCAUGUUAGAGCUGGAGCCCCAACGCAGGGCCACCGCCGCCCAGUGUCUGCAACAUGCCUGGCUGCAGACAUUAUGAUGUGUGUGUGCGUGUGAUGUCAUGAUGGCGUGAGUACAAGUGACGAGGACUGACAGGAAGUGAUGUCACAGCCAACAAACACUCCUCUUUGCCCGCCUUCAGAACCUCCCGCGGUCUGGGGGUGCGCUCCAAACGCGGCACGCACCUUUCCCCGCCAUUACUUCUUAUUUGCCAGUGUCAGCCAUGUUGCCUCACACAAAAAAAAAGGUUGUGCUGCUCUUGCACACAUGUGGAACGCACCCCAGUUGACUCCGCCUUCCCCCCCCCCAACAAGUGUUAGCGCUCCGAUCUUGGACGAGCACACCCGAGCUUCCUCCUCCGACGCUGUUGUUUGUAGUUGACUGACCUUUGACCCCCUCACCGGUUUCAUGUCAUGAAUAACUAGUGCCUUGAAGUGACCCCUGACCCUUGACCGCCACACAGUGACAUCGCCAGUGACUUUUUUUUCUUCUUUUUUAUCUGUGACCCUUCCGUGUGAAAUAUUUCUUCUCCUGCAAAGGAAAUAAAAAUGAAGCUAAGCACCGUUGA